GCUAGUUGCUUAUUAAUUAUUAACUUCCUUUGACGUUUCAUUACGUGAAGUUUUACCAAUGGCGCAUUUGCGAUUGGAAUUAAUAACACUUUACUCAGUCGUAUGCGUGGUAUUUGCAGUACCCCCAAAGUAUUACAUGGAUAUAAGAUGUGGGGAUACACUUACAAUCAGCGGCCUUCCAUCCAUUCGUCUAGAUCUGACCCGGUACAGCAAGUAUAAAAAUAAUAUGGACUGUACCCUCACAGUGAAAGCUGCUCCCACCUCCAGGACAAACACUACCACCAAUAAACGGCUCAUGCUUGUAUUCAGAAAGUUAGAUAUCAAGGGCUCAAACCUUUUUGGUUGCAGUGAUCAAUUGUACAUAUAUGAUGGACCCUCUACUUCUUCAUCUAAAGUCCCAGGCCUGGCUAGAAGCUACUGCGGGGAGAACGAGCCUAGAGGAGCGUACAUGUCCAGUGGGGAUUCACUGACAUUCAGAUUUGUAUCUGACUUCUGGAAUACUGAUGAUGGGUUCAAACUGCUUUUAACACCAUUCCACACAGGCACUUGCACUGCCUCAGAGUAUCGAUGUGACCGAGGACAGUGUAUAGCCGGGGGUAACAAAUGUGAUGGUUACAAACAGUGUGGUGAAUAUACAGAUGAGUGUGAGGUCACCAAGACGAUGACCUGGAUAGCUGGUGUCGUUAUUGGCGUCAUCGCUGUUGUGGUUGUGAUUGGUGUCACAGUCUUCUGUCUCAGAAAGCACUUCCUAAAUCGACAAAAUUCUGGAGGUGCUGUCAAGUACACAGCACCCCCACAACAAACCUCAACACCUUACUACCAACAGCCAGGGACAGCUCCUGGAUACUACCCACAGGGGACAGCCCCUCCUCCACAGGGCUACCCCCCUCAAAAUGUAGCUUACCCACCUCAGAACCCGACCUAUCCACCCCUCUACCCUGAGCAGCAGCAGGGCUACCCACCACCGACUAAUCCAUACCCCUAUGGAGCUCCAACCAAUCAGUAAAGACAUGAUUUUAACUAUGGUCUUCUUAGAGAACUUCAAGUUUUUGUUUCAAAAAUACUUUUUUUUAAAUUCUUUCUGUUGAAGUUUAGAUACCCAAGCAUUCCAGUGUAGUUUUAUUGAUGAGGACUGUAUCUUUUGACCAGUGCUGAAUUUUUAUAUUGGUUUGGUGUUGUAAAUUUUUUGUUGUCAUUUUUUGGGACAGGAUUUUUUUUUCUUACAGAUGGUAAGAUAUUUACUAGUGUCUUUUGAAAAUUCUGAAUUCAAAUUAUUGAAAAUGACAAUUUUUCAAUUUUUUUUCAAACAAAUUACAAAUCUUAGAAUUUAGUUAUUAGAAGUUUGUUAUGUCUAUGCAGAUUACGAGUAGAUGCCUAAGUUCAGAUACAUGUAUUAUUAUUGUUUUUAUUCUUACUGGAGUUUAAAAUCAAGAUUUAAGUUUGUAGGUAUAUAUUGUUCUUGUUAUUGAUUUAUACUGUUUUCAGCUUUCUUAUCUUAAAUAUAUUUCUACCAGUGCUCCCUGAACAAAUACAUGUAUGUACUAUAUAAUGAAUGUGUAUUAAAAAAAUGGAAGAAAAUUAAGGGGAAAAGCCACCAUUCUAAAUUUUAAUCUAAUUUGUGUCUUUCCGUUUAUGAUAACAUCCCCAGGGUCAGUUUGUGUUAACAUUUAACAUUUAAUUACUAAUUGUAGUAAAUUCCGCUCUUUUAAUAAUGAUCCAACCACUGGGUGUGACAUUAUUCAUGGUAUUAUAUUACUCGGUAUCUACAGUAAAACAUGUUUAUUAUCGGCCACCGCAGCAGCUGAUCUAUUUGUGGUUGUGUUAGAAAGUGCACGUGUGGAAAUGAUGCAUUAUUUUUUGUUGUUUCAGUAGAAUAAUUCCUUUAUUGAUAGUUUUAAAACAUAUUGUAAAGUUAAUGGAUAUAACGAAUUAUGUAUAUAACAGAGCAAAGUUGUUUGUUGCUGGCACUUGGCUAUAAGCAGCCAUACAUGUGAGAAGUC